AAGCAUGUGCUUUUUGAGCAGCGUUUUCUUUGGUCCAGAGGGCAGAACGACCUUUUACAGCCGUGUUAGAGCUAUAAAGUGGCCGGGUGUGAAAACGUGUAAAACUUGCAAGAGCAAUCUGAUGGCCAUGAGGGGUACUGAUUUGGCUUUCAGGAGAUACAUGAAUAUGCAUUAAUGUGGGGCUUGGGGUGGAGUCACGGGGGGCUAUUGCCCCUCCCAUUUUAUAUUUCCAACUUCACCUCCCAUUUUCUCUCUUCAAACACCGUCCUAGUAAUCAGAACGUCGUACAAUUUAAUCAAAUUCCCAGAUUCCAGAAAACUCACUCAGUCACGUAUUAACAAAUGGGCAAGAAAGAGGGAGAAAAGAAUGGUGAAGAUAACAAGGUUGCGCCGGCGCCGGCGCCGGCGGAGAAGAAAGACGACGUUUCGGACACCGCCGUUUACAAGAUCGACUGCAAUUGCAACGGGUGCGUCGAGAAAAUCGAAAAAGCCCUUCGUCAUUUCGAUGGUGUGGAAGGGGUGAAGAUAGAUCGUGAUGCCUGCGAAUUGACGGUAAAAGGGACCAACUUAGACCUCACGGCAAUCAGAGAGAAAUUGGAAAAAGAAAUCAAGAAGAAAUUUGAGCUGGUUUCUCCUCAGCCCAAAAAAGGCGGUGGCGGCGGUGGUGGCGGUGGCUAUAAGAAGCCGGAAAAGAAGAAGGCUGAAAAGAAAGAAGAGCCUAAGAAACCCAAAGAGUUAAGAGAUGAACUUCAUAAGGAGAUUCUACAACUUGCGAGGGAGAACUUGGAAAACGAACCACCGAUUAUGGAGCUUAGAAACCAGAAAGAGGGAGAAAAGAAUGGUGGAGAUAACAAGGUCGCACCAGCAGAGAAGAAAGACGUCGUUUCGGUCACUGCCAUUUACAAGAUUGACUGCAAUUGCGAAGGGUGUGUCGAGAAAAUCAAAAAAGCCCUUUGUCAUUUCGAUGGUGUGGAAGAGUUGAAGAUAGAUUGUAACAAAUUGACAGUAAAAGGGACCAACUUAGACCCCACGGCAAUCAGAGAGAAAUUGGAAAAAGAAAUCAAGAAGAAAUUUGAGCUGGUUUCUACUCAGCCCAAAAAAGGCGGCGGUGGUGGUGGUGGUGGCUAUAAGAAGCCAGAAAAGAAGAAGGCUGAAAAGAAAGAAGAGCCUAAGAAACCCAAAGAGUUAAGAGAUGAACUUCAUAAGGAGACUCUACAACUUGCAAGGGAGAACUUGGAAAACGAACCACCGAUUAUGGAGCUUAGAAACCAGAAAGAGGGAGAAAAGAAUAGUGGAGAUAACAAGGUUGCACAGGUGCAGGCGCCGGUGCCGGUGCCGGCAGAGAAGAAAGACGACAUUUUCGUCACUGCCAUUUACAAGAUCGACUGCAAUUGCGAAGGGUGUGCUGAGAAAAUCAAAAAAGCCCUUUGUCAUUUUGAUGGUGUGGAAGAGUUGAGGAUAGAUUGUAACAAAUUGACGGUAAAAGGGACCAACUUAGAGCCCACAGCAAUCAGAGAGAAAUUGGAAAAAGAAAUCAAGAAGAAAUUUGAACUGGUUUCUCCUCAACCCAAAAAAGGCAGUGGCGGCGGCUGUGGCUAUAAGAAGCCGAAAGAGAAGAAGGCUGAAAACAAAGAAGAGCCUAAGAAACCUAAAGAGUUAAUGGAUGAACUUCAUAAGGAGACUCUACAGCUUGCGAGGGAGAACUUGGAAAACAAACCACCGAUUAUGGAGCUUAGAAACCAGAUUAAUCAACUGAUUGAAGAACUUUUUCCUCCUUUGAUUCUAUUGGACCAACAACCUCAGCCACGUCCACAGGAUGGUUCUUCACAGUCUUGGUAUCCUCCAUCUGUAGUUAGCUCCCCAAAUUCAUCUCGUCCAGGAACACCAAGCAGUGCCUCUUCUAGCAGCUUCAGUUCACAUAGGACUUCAGACAGGCCACAGUCACCAUCACAUGUUUCACCUGCUGAAGCUGCGGGUAUUAUUGCUGUUCUGAAGGAUAAAAGUGUUGAUGAAUUACGGAAGCUUUUGUCUGACAAGGAUGCAUACCAUCAUUUCUUACUCUCACUUGAUCAAGUGAAAAUUCAAAACAAUUCAAGAGAUGAACUUCGUAAGGAGACUCUUCAACUUGCAAGGGAGAACUUGGAAAAGGAACCACGGAUUAUGGAGCUUAGAAACCAGUGCAGAAUAAUACGGACAACAGAAUUGGCUGCUGCUCAGGAGAAACUCAAUGAGCUUGAGAGAAAGAAGGAAGAGACAUUGAAAUUCUAUUCCCCUCAAUCCCUUCUCCAAAGGCUUCAAGAUGCGAAUAAGACAGAGGAGGAAUCGGAAAACCUGCACAAACAGCUCUUAGAUAGGGAUGUGGACCUUGGGACCUUUGUGCAGAAAUACAAGAAGCUCCGUACCACUUACCAUAGGCGUGCGCUUAUUCACCUUUCAGCCAAAACUUCUUCAAUUGGUUGAAUAGGUAUAGCAGAUGCUGUAUAAUUUCAUAUUGAGGAACGUUGCCUCGUGUUUUAUUGUAUGAUAUUAGUAUAAUUUUGUUUUGUUGGUAUAAGUUCGUUUUGUAUAUCAUGUCAGUCUUUCUUUGGCUAUUGUCAUUAUGCCAAUCCUUAGAGUAUUCACAUUGGUGCGCUUAUUCACCUUUCAGCCAAAACUUUUUCGUUUGGUUGAAUAGGUAUAGCAGAUGUUGUAUAAUUUCAUAUUGAGGAACGUUGCCGCUUGUUUUAUUGUAUGAUAUUGGUAUAAUUUUGUUUUGUUGGUGUAA